UUUCUUUCGUUCAUAACAGACACAAAUUUGGCACCGUGUGAACAGAAAAUAGAAGACGUGAAAGGUGUGAUCAAAACUGCUAAAUCUGGCACCAUCUCCAGCUGUACCUGGCUUAUUACAGUACCAGCUGGCCAUAACAUAUUCCUAAAAUUCACAACAUUGGAGUUGGAGUUCAAUUACAUUUAUUACUCCUGGCCAACUGAGAAAGAAACUGAGUUACAAGUAUGGGACGGUCACAAUGAGUCAAGUGCUUCGCUUGGAAUUUACCGUGGAACAAAACGAGCAUUUUCCCUGCAGUCCAGCGGCCGUUACCUAUUCAUACGGUUAAGACUGCUCCCUUAUACUGUUCUUUGUAAUGUUGAAGCAUUGUUUUUCGCUAGUACUGUAAUAGGUAAGAGUGAUUUUGGUCUUACUCUAGCGUGGUCAGGACUGAAUCCCGAUAUUUAUUUUACCUACAAAGGUAUAGUAAGCAAUAUAUACAAGAACCCGCAAAAAGUAGUCAAGUGAAAGAAAUCUAGGCAAACUUCAUUUAAAUCACUUAGAACUCCCUUGUUUAAGGUAUGCAGGAUAAAAAAAUUCAUUUUCACUGCCUGAACGAAUUCGGGAGCGAUGUCUCACCAAAACAUCUCUAUUGUCGAAUAAACAAGGCUGCUGGUAUCACGCUCAACAGCCGGUAAUACCCAAAGGCAAGACUGUUAAAAAUAAUGAUUCUUUUCUCGUCACAGUUUUGACUAAAAGGCUGGUUUUCACUAGGGACUUUGUCGGAGUCGAAAUUGGAGUCGGAGUAGUAUUAAAUCAGAAGCGUACAACAACAACAACAACAACAACAAAACUUUUCUAUUUAUGCAAUUGCGUAAAGAAGCCUGAAAAAACUUCAGGACUUCAACGGGGUUUGAACCCGUGACCUCGCGAUUACCCGUGCGAUGCUCUACCAACUGACCUAUGAAGACACUGACGUUGGGAGCAGGCUUCUUUACGCAAUUGCAUAAAUUGCGUUCACUGCGACGAUCAUUUCUUCAUUUUCAUUUGAUAUCCGCAGUUCAUAUAUGAUUUAUUUCAUAUAUUAUUAACACUCAUUUCUUUCACGGGAACAUAUGAACCCACAAUUGACCUGCUCCCAACGUCAGUGGCUUCAUAGCUCAUUUGGUAGAGAAUCGCACCGGUAAUCGCGAGGUCACGGGUUCAAACCCCGUUGACAUCCUGAAUUUUUUUUUCAGGCUUCUUUACGCAAUUGCAUAAAUUACGUUCACUGCGACGAUCAUUUCUUCAUUUUCAUUUCAUAUCCGCACUUCAAAUAUGAUUUAUUUCAUAUAUCAUUAACAAAACUUUAUUAAUAAGCAAAUAAAAUUACAAAAGUAUUGCCCGCAGCUAGCAAGGAAGUACGAGGCGGGACAAUGCGUGAAAAAUAUAAGAAAUAAAGACUAAGGCUAUUAACUAAGAAAAGUUUACAGUUUACAAAUAAAUGAAAUAAAAGUCGUAAUAUGGAUGAGGACUAGAUAACAGACUUCCGUAAUGCUUGCUUUUCUUUCCUUAGUUUCUCAGUUCCACUCAUAGUUGAGAAAAGGUUAAAAGAUUAAAAGAUUUUGAGGAAAUUUAGUUAGAAGCCGGAGUGAUCGAGAACACGUCCGACUAGUACGCUCUCGGUACCAAUCGUAGGUACCAAGCGUAGGACUUUACGAUCAGGUGAAAACAGCGUUCUGAUUCCGAAUCCGACAAUCUGGUUUUCAGUUGAUCGUAAUCGAUAGAGUCAUAAGCGGAGUUGAAGAAAAUGGAAACGUUCCGAUCCUUCCGACUCCGACUCUGUCGCGCUGAGGACUCCGCUUACGACUCCGAGUUUUGAUUUUCACAAGGUCUUAUGCGCUCUUACGACUCCACUUACGAUUCCGACUCCGAAACCUUUUAAAGGCUUGUGACUAGUGAAAACCAGCCUAAGAAUCAGAAGUUGAAAAACUGGCUAAUGAAGAACUGCUGAAAUGCACGCACUCUUCGUCGGGGAUAAAAUUCGAAUUAUACAGCGGACAAUCAACGAAAUUAGUUGCUGUCGUUGUUGUUGUUGUUGUUACAGAAAAGCCCGAAAUACAUUUCCCUGGACCUGCCGUUAGAGCAAUGAAGGAUCUCUGGUUGGAGUGUUCAGCGAGAAGAACUCCUCCAAUUCAGAUAACAAUAAACCAGAAUGGCACACAACUGGUUAAGGGAACUGGAUUUGCUAAAGUACCUAUUGCAAACGAAGGUGAAUACAGAUGCACAGCAAGGAAUGAAGCUGGAACUGAUUCUAAAGAAAUAAUGGUAUCUUUUCCCACAAGUAAGUGUAACCACCCCUACGCAGCGAUAAGAAUUCUCUCGUCGCAUAGUUCUACAACGAGUAGAGACCUUUAGCAUCAGGUUUUUUAUGGGAAACCGCAAACCGCAAACCGCAGUUUGCAGUUACGCGUUUGCAGUUUCACGUUGCCGAGAUUUCAAAUUUUAGUAAGGCGUUCAGUUCAGUUUAGUUCAGUUCAUUUUUAUUUAGCCAAAAUAUAAUACAAUACAAGAAUACAUAUAGGAAUUGUAAGGUUGCAAGGGAGCCCAGAAGAAACUAGAAGGCUUAUGAAGCCUGGGCUCCCCAGUUUCAGAGAAAAAAGUAAAAAUAAAAUGACAUUCGCGGAGUGAUACGUUAAAAAUAGGAACUAAACAGAGAGUGAGUUAAGUUAUGAAUUCAGUAACAAGAUAGAAAAAAAUUUAACUCUGGAUUGGGACAGAAUACUUUCUUUUGUUAGUAUGGCAGAAAGGAAUAUAUAAUCGAUUUGAACUACGCGUUCAUUGUUUAGGGUCGCAUGUUGUUUUCAUCUGGUCGAAGUGCAUCACUUUAAUCGCCCAAAAAACAGCAAUAAUUUAUUGAUUCGAGAUAAAAAAUCCAAGAAACACAUCGAAAACGGAUAUAAAAAUCUAGUUCAUGCCAUUAAACGCGAGGCUGUACAAUUUUUAGUGGCAUAAAACCUUGCUGUAAAUUACUUGCCACUGGAAGCCCUUCCUGUGGUUCAAACGUGAACUGCAAACGUGACCGCAAGGCCAUGGUCAUGUGACCUGAUGCUAAAGGUCCAUAAUAAAGACUUAACGGCUACGGUUAGUAUUCCAGUCGGUUUCGACCGGAAAAACUGUGCGUAAGAUUACCUAAAGUUCCUUUACGCUCUACAGCCGGUAAACUUCUAGCUGCAGCUAAGCAGGUUACGUACCGUGAUAAUCACCACCCACAUCUUUGUAAUCUUUUCAGAGACAUCUGAUCUUUGAACUACAAAAAUAUUUUAAUUUUUGAAAGUCAGUCUUUUUUGGCAAAGUAUUAGCGAUCCCUUAACUGAGUGUCGUGUUUUGGUGUUCUGGCCGAUAACUAUAAAAAGUCUUUUGAGGAUCCUAUUUAAGGGAAGUUCGGCCUCUGGACUUUUGAUAUGAUUCCUUCUCUUGUCUAAUGACAAACCGGGCAAUGUCUUAAUUCUGUUUCCCUCUUCAGAUUGCGAUAGCAAGUGUGAUGGAUAUGGUAAAGAUACAGGCGAAGAGGAGACGAGGGGGGUUAACGACUAUUCCUGUUCGCCUUCAUCUUCAUACAACGAUAUUUUCAGAUGCGCACCCACAAUUGCCACACGCUUGUAAGUAGAUCCUGUUGUCUUAGUACUGAAAAUCAAGGUAUUUCAUGGCAGACAUUCUUGUAAGCUUCUCGUCUUUCCAGUACAACACUGAAAAUAGUCUCUUACCAUUCUGGAUGGCGUGUCCCCUUCGUGAAGACCGUGUGAGGUGGACUCCCAUAAAAGUGAAGUGGAGGUUCAAGGCUUAGAGGUUGUAUUUCCUGUGUUAUUUUACCGCUUGCUAAGCUUGUGGCGUAACUCAGCCUCCUAACACUUGUUUAGGGCGAACAGAGAAGUAAUGACUUGAGCGUGAGGCUCCUUCAUAAAAUACAAAUAGCCCAUUUCCGAGUUGCCUCGAGACUCUGUUUUAAAGCGAAUGAUUUUAAUGAUUUUUUAUUCUCAUGUAAAUAAAACUCAUUUUCACAACAAGGUUUUGCACUUAGCCUCGUUUGGAAGGCGAGAGUUUUUGGAACUCGGAAAUGGCCCGAAUUAGACAGUUUCGUCAGGUCUCACAAAAGAAACAAUAUUUUUGCAGCUGGCUGGCGCAAGAUUUGUCGGAAAGAUUAUUUUGUUAUUUGCCAGAUUUAUUGUUAACGCAGUCCAUUUUCUUACUUUUUUAUGUCAUUAUGUUCCUCUCCUUUGAAAGUUCUGAUGAAGAAAAAAUAAUUAUAAUUAUAUAUUUUUUAAUUCAUAAAUUGUCUUUUUUUGCAUAGAAAACUCCAGUAUCACGAGAUUCGCGAACUUCCUGCUGACAGUUUUAAAAACAUGGACUCCUUGCAAAUACUGUAAGUAGUGAGAAUGUGUCUCACGUCAACGGGCAAAAAAUUGAUGAGCAGCGUUAGAAACAAUUUUAUCAUUAUUGUAAUCAACCAUCGACCCUUACGCAACCCAUUUUGUCCUGCUGAUUUUAUAACUCAAAAUUUACAGUCAAUUUCUUAUGGUUGUGAAAUUGGUACCAGUCAGACCUUUUCCACUUUUGGAAAUGUAUGAAACAAUACCUUGACGUCACAGCAUGGCGGGUUAGAAAUGUCCUCGAGGGGAUUCGAAUUGGCGUGGAAAUCUGUUGUGUUUCGCGUUUUUCCAGCAGUUUUUGCUCGCUCUUUAUAAAUACAACAACGAAAGGGAAAUGGUAGAAGACUUGCGAAUAAGAUGACGAACGAUUUUGCUCGUUAUUUUGAUCGAUGAAUCAUCUUCUCUUUGGAAUAUCUCUCGUGAAAAACUUUUUGAGGUCUUAAAAUAAUCCUCUGGACAUUCUCGAAGUAUUCUAGUUGUUUCAUGUGAAACGUGGAAAUAGGCCGCUCUUCUGGUAGACGGGCCGAGAGAUUUUUUUGUGAAGCAAUCGUCUGUGGCAAAAUGACCGCCUUCUGGAAGGACUCUGGGAGGCUGAGUAACUCGAAGAUGAAUAUGUUGGACGAUAUCAAGCUUUUCCCGGUGUUGCCGGUGUUGCUUUUCCCGGUGUUACUGCAGCUGCCUACAUUGGAGAUCGGUACUGCAUGGUUUCUGGUUAUUGUCUUUACUGACCUUUUACAUGUCAUUUCUGCAAUCACUCCAGUGACGUGAAACACUCAUUCCACGUUAAGUGGGUAAAUUACCAUUUUUUGGUGUCCAUGGCAAGUUUUGAGGACUCAAAUUGUUUUCCCAUAAUCAUUUCGCUGAAAAAUACUUAAAAUAUGCCCAAACAAAUAGCGACAGUACCCCUUUGGUUGCUCCUGUAGACAGUAACUUUGAGGGAAUCAAGGCCAAAAGUGUCCCAAAAAUGCCAUUUUACUAUGUCCGCCGGGAGGGUGGGUAUAGAAGGUUACGGUAUAUUUGUGCUUGUCGCUUUAUACUAUGGAAACUAAUCAAUCCAAUGUCUCGGAAGGGACCUAAACUAAAGUCCUACAUGAUCAUUUCUCACUGCAGGUCAGUUUUGUUGCUUUUAACUACAGUGAACUGGUGUCCGCUAUUUUUAUGAAACUUCUGUUACCUAUCUGAGGGCAGAUCACAAAUGGCCUAGAAAUAAAUAUUGCGAAUAAUUUACAUCGUGUAAAUAUUACUAAAGUUUGCUCUUUUUGAUACGCAAUACAUAAAAUGAAGAGCAAAAGCCUGUGGAAAGAAAUUGCAUCUCACAAUAGCAGGAUUUAGGGUGAACAGUUAAGUUUGUAACUUCCGUUACUAAGAUUACAGUAGGAAAAAAUGAAAAGUGGGUCCGAGUUAUUAAUUUCACUUAAAGAUGUAACAGAAAAUGUAGAAUUUUAACUUCCGUUACUGUAACUUCCGUUACCAAGAAUUUGUCCGGUCUCUAAAACUUGGGAUAAACGUCGGCUAAGUUUCAGGAAACGCUGUCACACGAUUGCCCUAUCAAACAACUCAAGCCUUGAUGACAUCUGGUGAAGAUUUCGUCAUAAGUACACCCUCAUACGUGUUCCAUUGGUGAGAUACCUCUCUGUCAAGUGUGAUAAGGGAAUUUUAGCUGAGUUUAUGGUUCGCGGAGUUUUUUUGCAUAGUUUAAAGAAGUUUAUUUUCCUUUGAAGUAUUUCUAGGCAGUUUAGGAAUAUAAGAUGAAAAUGGGACAGGCUUCUUGAUCAUUUUAAUUUUUUUUUAAAGUAACGGAGGUGAAUGGACCCUGGACCCUGGACCAACCCUGUGAAUGGACUUUACAAUAUUCAUGUAUUACAAUUCUUGUACGAAUUCUAACAGAUUACCAUGUAUCUAUUAAUUUUUUUCCUUUGAAUUCAAUUUAUUUUGCUCAUUUUGUUGUUUUUAGCCUCGUUCCACCCAAAAAUUCCAAAAUUUCAUCCAAUAUUGUUUAGCAUAAAUUCAAUUCAACAGAAUAAGUCAUAUGCAUUGUUAUUUAAGAUGGUCUGUAAUCCCAAAAGUAAGUAGUUGAAAGAGAAAUGAAAUAUUACCUUCCUUCUGUAACUUCCGUUACCGAAAUUUAUUUGAUAAUCACUCGUUUUCUACUAUAUCACAUGUUUCCAAACUAUAAUAAAGGUAAACAACACUUUCUUUCCUUCACAUUUAGCAAAAUAAAGUUUAGUCUGACGGCUUUUUUAAAGAAAAAACAUUAAAAAAACACAGCAAUUUUAAAUUUUCAAUAUUUUGUUACGUCAGACCAAAGUACACCAUGACAGAACAACGUGACUUUUUCAUUCCUUGAGUCACUGACUUGACUAAAAUGUAAAACUCAGACCUUAGCCUGCCACAGAUUUUAUUUUAAACAUUGUAGGGUACGCUAAAUUGAAAAAAACAUAGAUAUAAUGCAACACUGUGCUGUUUCAAGCCAUACAAAAUAUCACACUACAUGCUAUUAAAUAACAGGCUAUAACUUUUUAUAGAUAAAAGAUAUGUUGACCAAAUUUUGGUGUCUCACCCUUCAAUAAUACAUCUUUCGGUGAAACUAUACUUGUCUGAUUUGUUGACCUUCGAUUUUUCGAAAAUCCUUGGCACAUUUUACCCACUUAACGCGGAAUGAGUGGAAAAACCUGAAGGAGUCGGUAGUACGUAGUGCGGUGGACCCGCUNCUAAAUUGAAAAAAACAUAGAUAUAAUGCAACACUGUGCUGUUUCAAGCCAUACAAAAUAUCACACUACAUGCUAUUAAAUAACAGGCUAUAACUUUUUAUAGAUAAAAGAUAUGUUGACCAAAUUUUGGUGUCUCACCCUUCAAUAAUACAUCUUUCGGUGAAACUAUACUUGUCUGAUUUGUUGACCUUCGAUUUUUCGAAAAUCCUUGGCACAUUUUACCCACUUAACGCGGAAUGAGUGGAAAAACCUGAAGGAGUCGGUAGUACGUAGUGCGGUGGACCCGCUGCGCGAAAUUUAUUUGUCAUGUUAAAACGCUAUUUGUUCAAUUCUUUUUUUUUUUUUCAGUUGUCUCACAUUGAGAGUUCACGAGUUCUAUUGAUUUCCUGAUGCAGAGUUUUAGCAUUUUCUUUGACCUCUUUUAAAGCGGCGUUAUAGCUUUUUAUUGCUGAUUAAUAACCAUUCUAUAAAGGUUUUGUUUCUUUAGAUUUCUCCGACAUGUCUGGAUCGGAAUAACUACCUAAAUUGUGUUAUGCUGGGCCCAAAGUAAAUUUUCACUUGGCUUCGCCGCGAGUGAAAUCCUCGCUAAAAGAUAUCAACAUUAUUACUCAACAUUACUUUUGUCUUCACAAAGUUCGCUUUCCCAAACUGAACCAUGAUAUCCUUCCUGGUUACCGAGGUCAGGGUGGAAUAACAGAUCGGCCCCGCUUUACCGCUAUUGAGCCCAUGCAAACAGAAAUUACCGACACGUUUCUGUUUUCCUGCAAACGGUUCAUUCCACUGAGUAAUGAAAGGGUUCAUUGCCUUCUUUUAUAUCUGAAUUUUUUUCAUCGCGUAUGCUUGACUACUCUAUGUUUUUCUAUUGACUGUCAUGAAAACGAGCCUCGCGUCAUGUGAAUCCAAAUUUGCUCCGUGAUUGGGUAUUUGCUCGUUUUGAUUCGCAGAUCAAAACAUUUCAAAGGUGGAAAAACUCUGGAUUGGGUACUUGACUACGAACUCCAAGAUUAAAUUACCACUCACUUUUCCUGAAAAAAUCAUCCUAAAGUGCAGCGAAUGCAGCGAUAUGUGGAAUAAAUCGCUAACAACGCAACAGAUGCGUGUAUUGUAAGGUGUUGUGGGCCAUUAUUUUUCUUUCAGACCAAUUCCAUGUUCCCUGUAGUUCUAGCUAAGAAAUAAGGUUUUCUGAACACAAGCUAACACAUAAGUAAAUAAAUCUCUUUCUCUGUUACUACAAACCUGAAAAAGAGACUCACUGAAUAUUUGGCUUCUUUUCUUCCCACUAGGCAUCUAACAGGGAAUGAAAUCGACCAGAUUCCCUCAGACGUAUUUUCAGAUCUAAAAGAACUGCGUGUAUUGUGAGUUGAUAUGAAAAUAGGUAGUUUAUAGCGCAAGAGGUAACUUAAUGCGGAAAAAGUCAUAAGAAUAACAUACUUCAAUCAUGUUGCCAGAACUGUUAUUCUUCACACCUCUAAAAAUCUAAACUUAAAGUUAUUUUUUCAUUGUUUAGAAUGAUCUUCCCUCAGCCGAUAAACAGCUUGUGGGGUCGUAUGAGGCUCAAGUAUAGAGGCCCAGGCCCAUCUGAAAUUUACACCCCUAAGCGAAACGACAAGCAUUCCCGCCCCUUUCAUAUGGAAGUUCCUCCCCCCCUUGGGGUUUAGAACAUGGCUAAUUGUUGGUUUUCAGAUGACGUCACUAAGGUUCAAACUACAAAACUAUCGACCCUACUGAAAUUUUACUUUCAUGGUGUAUUAGUUUAGCUCAAAAAGGGUUCUUGGUUUUGUAAUAGAGUACGCUUGAAUUUCUAAGCUUUUGCGUGGCGCUGCAUUUACAUGACGGCCGAGAGAGCUGUCAUUUAGGUUAAAAAAGUGACUUUUUUCGAGAAAUUUUGCUAUCUUAACAGUUCAAGUAUUAGAAAAAGUAUUACAUUAAUGUUUAUGAGUUCCUCUAGGAGUAAAUUCAAGCUUUUGUACCAAAACUCGCUAACAGAUGUUUCUGUCGGUUUCCGUCCGCCAUGUUGGAGUUCAUCCGGAUGAACUCCAGCAUGGCGUCUCCAUACAAAGCUCUAUAAAUUUGGGUAAAACAUUUCCUCGGAUAUCUCGUAUACGGAUUAUUCCUUCAACCCAAAUCUUGGCGAGGGUCUUUGUAUUUUACCUCCUUUCAUUUCCCAGAUUCUGGACUUUAUCUGCCGAAUUGUUUUGAUUUUUAUUUUGAUCUAUUUUGAAUGGCGUGACACUGAAAACCAGCAAUAGGCAAUUAAUGAGGUAUUUGUGAAGAGAGUCGAUCUUAAUCUCUCCCCAAAACGUUUCCCAGUUACAUGUUCAUACUCAUCCACAUAACUAUGCAUUAACGCUGUUUUCAUUUAACAGAGAACUUGAAGAGAAUAAAAUUGAAGACCUACCUGUGGGGACGUUUGGAGCACUAUCCAACCUACAAAUCCUGUAA